AUGGUUUGGAGUGUGGAUAAUAAAGUAGUUUUAGUCACGGGUGGUGCAGCUGGAGUUGGUGCUGGAUUAGUGCGUGAACUGCUAGCUAGGAAUGCAGCGCAUGUCGCGUUUCUUGAUGUUGCGGUGAGAGAGGGUGCCGCUUUAGAGAACGAACUUCUAAAUAAGUUUGGAGCUUUAAGAGCGAAGUUCAUACAAUGUGACAUCACUAAGGAAGGAGAACUCAGUGAGGCAUAUAAACAAGUUUUCGAUAAAUAUAGGAGGCUGGAUGUCGUCGUGAAUAAUGCUGGGAUUGUAGGAGAUAAUGAAAUGUGCAGAGAGAUGAUUGAUGUUAAUUUUUGCGGUACUGUAACGAGUACAUUGAAGGCUUUAAGCAUAAUGAGGGCGGACGUGGAAGGCAGCGGCGGGGCCGUAAUAAACGUAUCAUCCUCGCAUGCUUUUAAACCAUCCUCUCUCUCUGUGUACAAUGCUACAAAAGCCGCGGUGUUGCAAUUUACUAAUUUUCUAGCGGGUAAUGAAUCUGGAAUGAAAGUACGUAUAAUCACAGUUUGCCUCGGACCGACGGACACGGCGCUGCUACACAAGAGAAACUUAAACAACUUCGCAAAAGACGCUCACGGACUAACUUCAGAGCCUCAAAGAGUAGAAUCAGCAGUUAACGGUAUAAUUGAAGUAAUUCAGCGCGCGGACAACGGAACAACGUGGAUGAUAUCCAACAAUGAUAUGGCACGUGACGUAACGAAGAAGGUUAGGGAAAACCUUAAGGGUCUGUCGGAAAUCAGCGAACCUUUUUAA